AUGGCACCAGCAUCGCCGCUCAUCUACGCCUUGGGCUCCGGCGCGAUUGCGCACCUUAUCUUCAAGCGCACCGAACCGCGCUCUCUUCUCGCCAUCUUCUCGCUGCUCUUCGCCCUCCCACUCACCGCUUCCCUCUACACCUCGUCACCCUCCCUCCCUUCCCCUUUUCUCGUCUUCAAAUGCACCCUCACCCACGUCGCAACUCUUAUCUCGCUCACCGUCGCCUACCGCCUCUCACCCUUCCACCCGCUUGCAGCCUACCCCGGCCCGCCGCUUGCGAAGGUGACCCGGUUCUGGACGUUUAACCGCGCACUCAAGCAAGACCAAUACCGCGUCUUCCACGCUCUCUUCGCCCAAUACGGUCCGAUUGUCAGAAUCGGCCCGAACCAUCUCAUCAUCCGCGACAAGUCCGCCGUCCCGCUCGUCCUCGGCUCGCGGCACUUCUUCAAAGGCGCCCGCUACACCGCUACGCUCCCGCCCAACUCGACGGGGUCCAUCAUCUCGCUUACAGAUCCGACCCAACACUCCCACCGACGCCGAAUCUGGGAACGCGCCUUCACGUCCUCCUCCCUCCGCGACUACGAGCCCGUACUCGCCCAUCGCACCGACCUCCUCAUCGCCGCCCUUACCCAACAGGCGGACGAUGAGAAGGCGGAGAAGAAGACGAUCGACCUCGCGCGCUGGCUCGGCUUCCUCUCCUUCGACAUCAUGGGCGACCUCGCCUUCGGCGGCAUCUUCCACCUCACCCAGUCCGGCGUCGACGAAAACGGCUUCACCACCCUCGUCGGCAAAGGCGUGCACUUCCAGGAGAUCCUCGGCUCAAUCCCUUGGAUCCGGCCCAUCUACCUCCAGAUCGCGAAGGUCCUCGGCGCGCAGAAGGCGUACUACGAGAUGGGCCGCCGCGCGCUCGAGGCCCGUAAAGCGCGCGGGGCCCAGCUGCGCGACGUUUUUUUCCACAUUCUCGGCGAAGAUGAGGACGGAAAGAAGGGCAAGGAAGAACUCGCCUACCCGUCGCUCAUCUCCGAGGCCACCCUCGCCGUCGUCGCAGGCUCGGACACGACCGGCACCGCGCUCAGCAACGCCUUCUUCUACCUCCUCACCCACCCGGCCGUCUUCGCCUCCCUCCGCGCCGAGCUCGACGGCGCCACCCCGCCCGGCACGGACGCCCCGCCGCCCAGCGUGCUCGCCGACCUCCCGCUCCUCAACGCCGUCAUCAACGAGACGCUGCGCCUGCAACCCGCGAUCCCGGCGGGCGUGCAGCGCGUCCGGCCGGACGACGCCGACGGGAUCGUCAUCGGCGAUGCCGGCGAACUGGGCGCGUACGUCCCGCCCGGCACGACGGUGCAAAUCCCGACCUGGAGCUUGCACCGCGACCCGCGCUACUUCUCUCCGGAUCCGGAAGAAUUCAUCCCCGACCGCUGGAUCGCGGACGGCGCGCUCGCGAAGCGGGAGGACUACAAGCUCGACCGGGACGCGUUCAUGCCCUUCAGCUACGGCCCGACGAACUGCGUGGGCCGCAACCUGGCCCGGCUCGAGAUGCGGAUCGCGAUCGCCGCGCUCGUGCUCAAGCUCGAUUUUGCGCUGACGCACGACGACGGGUGGACGCCGGACGAAUGGGAGCGCGACCUCAAAGACGGGUUCAUACUCAAGAAGGGUCGACUCCCGUGCGUCGUCCGUCCACGGGUACGAUAGGACACCUGUGUGUAAUAGAGGCUACGUCUGCUCGUGUGUCUGAAUGUAACUUAUGCAAUUCGAGGCUUGCCUCAACGUCAAC